AUGCGGACCAUACUUGCACUGGCCAGUCUUCUGGCCUGCCUCAUCUCGACCGCAUACGCUACGGCGCUCACAUACCGCCUCGAAGCACACGAGAAAGCGUGUUAUUUCGCGCAGGUCGAACACAAGGGGACCAAGUUGGCGUUUUACUUCGCUGUCCAAUCCGGCGGCUCUUUCGACAUCGACUACAGCGUCGUCGGCCCCACGGACAAAGUCAUCCUCGACGGCACAAAAGAGCGCCAGGGCGACUUUGUCUUCACGGCGAAUGACCCCGGCGAGUAUCGCUUCUGCUUCAACAAUGAAAUGAGCACGUUUGCGGAGAAGAUGGUGGAUUUUGAAAUCGCCGUCGAAAACGAAGCCGCGCGCGCCAUCAUCCCGUCCAAACAAGGCUCCUCGCCCGAGCAAACAUCGGUCCUCGAAGAAUCCAUCCUCAAGCUCUCGGCACAGUUGUCCACCAUCUCACGUAAUCAGAAGUACUUCCGCACGCGCGAGAACCGCAACUUCAGCACCGUCAAGAGCACCGAGGGCCGCAUAUUUACGUUUAGUUUGAUGGAGAGUGGGCUCAUCUUGACGAUGGCGGGCUUGCAGGUUUUCAUCGUUAAGUUCUUCUUCCAGGGGGCGCGGAAAGGUAUUUUAUAA